AUGUGGCCCAAGAUGACCUAUGUCCUUAUCGAGGCUUCAAGUCUCGACGUCGAACUUGCUCUUUUUGAUCCCGACUAUGACCCAACAUACGAUCUCGAAGCCAGUUGCCCCAUGUGUCGGAACUAUACAAAUGCUACACCAGACGAAGCCUUGGCUGCCCAUCUCAAGACGAAAUAUCCAUCGCUGUAUGAGGAGAGGAGGGUGGAGGAAGAGGUCGAGCGGGGAUCUCGUUCAGGUACUGAUGGUAUCGAAGGAAUCAUGAUAUUGAUCGGAAACAAGCACCAGUUGGUCGAAGAAGCAGACGAUGCCAACGAGCAUGAUUGGACGUUCUUCGUGCGAACAUCACGCCCAGACCUGGUCAAGCAUCUUACGCUUCGAAAGCCGCCCUACGAAGUCCGGCGUCUCGGUUGGGGACACUUCACUCUCGAAGCUGAGAUCGUGCUGAAGGAGCCAUACAGCUGGGUUGUUAAUGACAGUGGUUCUAGGCAGGCGGGUCUCGAGCUGAGUUGGGCUCUGAACUUCGAAGGCGGAGGUCGCCAAGGACGGGUGAGGGCAAAGGUCAAGAAGUUUCACGAAGACACGCCGCCAGCAAAUGGGCGACGUGUUCUUAGGUCAGGACGUAUGGCAACAAACGCACCUGUUCGGGUCGACGAUGAUGAAGACGAUGAUGCCGAUUACGACGAUGACGAAAGUGAUGAAGAUGAAACCUCGUCCGAAGAGGAAGAGAUCAGCGAGUUUCUUGACACUCCCUAG